GCUUCGCGCACUCUUCGUCAGUACGGUGCGCGAAUUCGUCGGCGUAGCUAGGGCUAGGCCAAACCGUCGUAGAAGAGCGAGCGCGUACAGCGUGUGCUGCCCGGUCGUUUUGUUUAGGUUAAAACAGUGCGUUCAGCGAAGGUGGUGUUGUUGGUGAAAACACUACACCCUAGCUAGAAGGAAAAGAGGUAAAGGCAUCAGAACAUUUCAGCACGACUGCAGUUUCGGUUGCCCAACAAUGUUGUCCUUCCUGUACACUUACCUAACCAAUCUGCCCCGAUGGCAUCUGGUGGCGAUAGUCCUAGUAGGCUAUCUCAUCUACUACUUGAUGGAAGUGGUCAAGCGCCCAAUUCUUGCCGUCUCGAACGGACCGUUCAAGAAGUACCUGCGCAAACACAUCCCCACGCUGGAGAACAAAUUCUGGCCCACGUUCUGGUGCGUGGAAAGCCGCGCACAGACCGUGUUCGCUAGCAUCAUCCGCUCGAACAUCAUGCCGCUGGUCGAGUAUAGGCGGGAAGUGUUCACCCUGAAGGAUGGUGGCGAGGUAGCGCUCGACUGGCUGGAGACGGGUUGCGAUCCCGAAUCGCCGGUCAUCAUCAUCCUGCCGGGGUUGACCGGGGAAUCGCAGGCCGAGUACAUCAAGUGCCUGGUAACGGCCGCCAACCGCAUCGGCAUCCGGACGGUCGUGUUCACCAACCGGGGGCUGGGCGGUGUCGCACUCAAGACGCCGCGCCUCUACUGUGCCUCCAACUGCGAGGACCUAUCCGAGGUGGUGAAGCACGUGAAGCAGUCGAACCCGCACGUCCGCAUCGGUGCGACCGGCAUCUCGAUGGGUGGCCUAAUACUCGGCAACUAUCUGGCGCGCCACAGCGACGAGGCAAAAUCGAUCCUGACCGCGGCCAAAAUUAUCUCCGUACCGUGGGACGUACACAAAGGUUGUGCCAGCAUUGAGCAGCCGAUACUGAACAAUCUUCUUGGCCGGCAUCUAGCCUCGAGCCUGUGUCGAACAGUGAGCAAGUACGACAUACUGCGGGGCGAAGAGUUCGAAUGGGACAUGAACCAAGUACUUCAGAGCAAAACGAUCAAACAGUUCGACUCGGCGUUCACCUCGAAACACUUCGGCUACAAGGAUGUGGACAGCUACUACACGGACGCCACGCUUCACAACAAACUACACCAGAUCAAAGUGCCUUUGCUGUGUCUGAGUGCGGCGGACGAUCCGUUCCAGCCGCUCGAUGCGAUCCCGAUCAAGGCGGCGGCCGGUUCGUCCCACGUUGCCAUCCUGAUUACGGCGCGCGGCGGCCACAUCGGCUUCCUGGAGGGCUGGUGGCCCGCCAACAAGGACCAGUACAUGGGCCGGCUCUUUAGCCAGUACUUCUCGGCCGCCCUGUUCGAUCCGGACAAUGAGUUUUACCGCACGGCCCAGCUGAUGAUGGAGCACAACCUGACCGCGUCCACGUCCGUGCCGGGCUCGCCGACGAACAAAUCGGCCCUCGGUGCCGCCAGUGCGAUAAGGAAAAAGUCCAUCCCCUUUUAAAGUGGCCGGGUUGCUGCUCCUUGCGGUGUGGCGUUGCAUUAGGUGUUAAUGCCCGGCACCGGGCGGGUAUGCCUUUCCUGCUAAUGCCGUGCAGUUCCGAUGCAAAACGGAAACGUCUCGUCUAUGCUUGUCAGCAUUUCAGGCGAGCGUUACUUCUCGGCCACUUCUACUGCUGCACCGCGUUGCGCACCGUGAACAGGCAGUACGCAAAAGAAAGCCGCAAUGGUACGCUACUAGUUGCGCACAAACUUGGGAUGCGAUUCGGGAGCUAAAUCAUCCAGGAAAAAAAGACCAGACCAUGGUUUUGUUUAGUUUGUUUUCUCUGUAGGCACAGUUAAUUAAUACGUCCAGCCGAAGUUUGCGCUUUCAGAAAGCCGCUGGUGCUAAUACGUAAGCUUGGCGACAAACCGGCCACCGGAACACAGUGGCGCAGCAAUUGGCAAAGCAUAAAUAAAACCGCAUGUGAUAGAGACGAUGGGGCUAGCGCAUACAAUAAAAAACGAAAACAAAUUAGGAAGCAAAAUGCUGCGGCGGCGCUGUAUGGUUAUUGUCCUCCGCCCCCCUCAGCUCUCGUUAACACUUUAUCCCAAAAUGUCCUAAAAAAUCCCAAAAAAUAUCUAGCGUUAGGAAGCCCGUUCCCUCCCGCACAAUUUAGGGGCGAGUUAAGCAACAAAUUAACGUUACGAAUACAUAAUUGUAGGUAGAGAAAUGAAAAGAAAAACAUUCGUAAUUUUUCUCAGGACUCACAUUUGAACAAACAGACCGAUACACAAACACACACAUACACAUCCAGAAAUUCACAGAAAACUCAAUACCCUGGUUGACCAAUUACCAAUGACCCUGGUAAGGCUUUAUCUCGAACAACGAAUAACAAAUUCCGUAGUUGCUUGCUACUGGUGGUGGUGAUUACAAGCCGCUAAAUCUGGUUUCGUUUUUUGUUCCUUAGAAAGCAGAAAAAAACCGCUAAAACGAUAAGCAUCCUGUAUCUUAAAUUAGUAUCGAGAGAAAGAGAGAGAGAGAAAAAAAGAUGCCCAUUUCCGGUGGCAGAGGCUUUUAGAAGGAUAUUUGCCGGACCGAACGGAGCGUCGUGGGUGUGGUAGUGUCUUAUACAUAUUUAAAACUUUCUGCAAAUCUGCUUAGAAUAGUGAAUACCUGUGUAACAGAAGACUUAUUUUAAAUAAAGUUCGAUUUCGAGUAGAUUAGGUAGUAGAAGAUGCGCGUUAAGGGUCGACUGAGGAGGAUCACCCUUUUGUUACAGUUGCAGCUGAAGUAAGUUGAGUUUCUGGUCCCUUGGUGGAUUCGCUUACGUUGCAUUCGCGUUGUGGCCACGUGUUUGCCGUUUGGCGAAGAGUGAGAAGAAAAUCGUUACUAAAUACAGCAGUAUUGUUUGUUUGGGGCGAUAGUUAAAAACUAUCGGAAGGAAGGAGAUAAGACUCGUUAGCAAAAUAGAGAGAAGCAGAGAGACAGAGAGAGAGUUGUUAAAAAUGACGUUGUUCUAUAGAUUACAUCAAAUUAUAUUUGCGUACAAAGAAAAUGUUAAUGCAUGCAGAUAAUUGAUGAUAAUAAUAAGUAGUAAAAAGCGCAGUAAAGGGCAUGCAAAACAAGCAAUCCAAUUAAUAAAACAUUAAAUGCUAGGACUCUAAAUAAUAAGAAUAAAAAGGUGAAACAAGUAGGUAGUUCGAACGUGGAAUAAAUCCCAUUACAAAGGUAAGAAAAAAAAGAACAGUUCUACAAUAACACUAGUUUCCACAUAUCCAUUGCAAACAUUGAUCUUUAACCUAGGACAAACGGACGAACCAGGAUGUUAAGCGCGAAUGACGAGAGAAGUUUCUGUUUUAAUCGCUUUGGCACGGCAUAGAUUACGCUUACAACCCAUAAUUCCCAUAAACGUUGGUCUGCUGGUGCCGUGUGGGGAAAUAUGGUAAUGUUACUCUAUUAAAAGGGCAGUUAACAAGUAAUUGAACGAAUUUGUUCACCGAACAAAAGUGCUAUGUUUCACACUCCUAUCAAUUGUUGGGUUUGGUUUUCUUAAAUUAUGUAUAUAUAACAACAACCGUGCUUGCAGCUGGCUCCCAUUUUGAAACCCGCACUCUCUUGCUCGUUCUGAUAGUUUUAGUAUAACAAACGUUUCCAACCAACCAACAACAACAACAACAACAACCGUGUUUCACAUUUUUACUACCGAUUUCAAUUGUUGCAAAUACGAACAUGUUAACACAGGAUAAAAACUGUAACAAACAGAGAGCGAUUUUUUCCCGGAUUGAAAUAAAGAUUACACUGACUCUAGGAA